AUGGACGUCCCAACAGCAACAUCAUUACGCGACAUCUACCCCGCCGACGCGCUGCCAGUCGAGACGAAGCGAUGGGAGAGCUUACUAGCAAAGUUCAAAGACCUCUACGGCAAGCCAGCACACUUUUUUGCGAGGAGUCCAGGACGUGUCAACAUCAUUGGCGAGCAUAUUGACUAUUCGCUAUACGAGGUACUACCCAUGGCCAUCACUGCCGACUUCAUCAUGGCGGUAGCUGUACGACCGUCCGAAGAGAAGCCGCGUAUACGGAUAGCGAACCUCAAUUCGGAGAAAUUUCCAGCCCGAGAAUUCGAGAUUCCUGCCGAGGGAGACAUCCCCAUCAAUGCUACCGAGCAUGAGUGGACAAACUAUUUCAAGUCUGGGCUGAAGGGUGUGUCACAAUUGCUACAGAAGAAGCGGGGCAAGUUCACUUCAGUCGGCAUGGACAUUGUGUGUGACGGUACGGUACCGAGCGGUGGUGGCCUGUCCAGCUCAGCUUCUGUCGUGUGCACCAGUGCGCUAGCAAUUCUGGCGGCGAAUGGAGAGGAGAAGGUGAACAAAAAGGAGCUGUGUGAGCUUGCCAUUGUGUCUGAGCGUUCUGUCGGUGUCAACUCUGGAGGCAUGGACCAGGCAGCUUCAGUAUUCUCCCUUCGCGGUUCCGCCUUAUACGUCUCUUUCAAGCCCAGCCUUGACUUCACAAACAUCGAGUUCCCACAAACAGACCCCGAGCUCACCUUCGUCACAGCCCAGAGCUUCGUCGCCGCGGACAAGCACGUCACGGCUCCCGUAUGCUACAACCUGCGUGUCGUAGAAUGCACACUAGCAGCUGUCUUCCUCGCCAAAGCUUUCUCGUUGAAGAAAGAACUUCCGUCAGACUCAUCUCCACUAGGCGUCAGCUUGCGCGGCUUCCACGACACCUACUUUGAAGAGAAAGAAAACGUAUCAGACAACACCAAGACCUCCGUUGCCGAUUUCGAGACCCAGCUCUAUAAGCUCAUCCAACACAUAGGGGAUUACCUGCCACUAGAAGAAGGGUACUCAAGAAGUGAUAUUUGCGCCUUACUUGGCAUCUCUGAAGAAGCGCUCAACGAACGUUACAUGAGCAAGUUCCCGGUCCGUGCGGACAAGUUCAUGCUUCGCCAGCGCGCCCUCCACGUCUUCACUGAAGCUCUUCGCGUUAUCAAAUUCCGCUCCCUCCUGUCCUCGCCACCUUCUACUGGUCAAGAAUACCUCCAGUCCCUCGGCGACCUUAUGAACGAGACGCAAACUUCAUGUCGCGAGAUUUACGACUGCAGCUGCCCCGAGCUUGACGAGCUGUGCGACCUGGCCCGUGCUGCUGGCAGCUGUGGGAGUCGACUAACGGGUGCCGGGUGGGGAGGCUGCAGUGUUCAUCUUGUGCCCAAGGAUAAGGUGGAAGCAGUCAAGAAGGCGUGGGAGGAGAAGUACUACAAGAAGCACUUCCCAGACAUCACGGCGGAGAAGCUUGCACAAGCUGUUGUGGUUAGCAAGCCAGGCAGCGGGAGCAUGCUUUUGAAACUCGCUGGUGACAAGUUGGUGUAA